AGAAGAUCCCUGGCAUCUCCUCGUUCCAAGUGUCACGACUCUCACAACUCCUGACAAUCAUCAAACUACGUUGCUUUCACCAUGCAUUCCAAGAUCGAAGAGCCACCGAAACUGGUGCUUUCCGGCACUCCAAGAGAAAUCGGCUUCAGUCAUGGCCAGCACCUCUUUUCUCAAAUUCACAGCCAAAUCUCCAUCUACGGCGAGAUGUUCCGCGUCAACUGCAAUCUCUCCUGGGAUGCUGUCCGUCUCGAGGCGGAGCAAUUUAGCGCCACCAUCCAGCGAGCCACGCCCCAUCUUCAUGAGGAAAUGCAGGGGAUCGCGGACGGUGCGGGAGUGAAGCUCCUUGAUAUCGUGGCCUUGAAUUGUCGGAGUGAGAUCACUUUUGGCAAGUUUACGGAUGGAUGUACGAGUCUUUCGUGGAAGAGAGGCGAGAAUUCCCGGAUUCUGGCUCAGAAUUGGGAUUUUACACCCCUGGUGCAGAAGAACUUGGCUUUUAUGGAGAUUAUGCAGGUCGGAAAGCCGACUAUUUACAUGGUUGCUGAGGCCGGAAUCGUGGGCAAAAUCGGGUUCAAUAGCGCCUGCAUCGGUACCUGUCUUAACGCCAUUCGUGCACAUCCAUGUGUCGGCUCGAAAUUGCCUAUUCAUGUUGCUCUGCGGCUAUGUCUGGAGAGCAGCUCCGUUGGCGAUGCAGUGCGAAAACUAGAGUCUCUGGGUGGAGUUGGAUCCAGCCAGCAUAUCUUGAUCGCAGAUAGUACGAGCUCACUGGGCCUGGAACUCUCGCCGCUCGGGGAUGUACAUCUCCAGCCAGAUGAGUAUGGCAUGGUUAUACAUACCAACCACUUCCUGGAGAAUGUGUACGUCAAUGAGCCACCGUGGUUGUCCGGGUCACCUGUUCGUCUGGCCCGCGCUCGCCAGUUGUCCCGCGAACUGAUUGACAGUGGGGUGCUCGAGGAGGAUUGUAUCAUUCCUCAGGUGUUUCGAGAGAGGGUCUUCUCCGAUCUGUAUAACGCUCCGCAGUCGGUCUGUGGCCAGGAGGAUAUGACGCGCCAGCAGAUCGCGCGCACAUGUACACUGUUCAACAUUGUCAUGCGUUUAGACCCAGCAAACCUUGGGGCAGAGGUGGUGGUUGGUCGGCCGGGGUCGGGAGAGGAGACUGCCGUUGUGAAGAUGCCAUGGCAUUGAGGAUAUUCCUUGUGGAUGGUGAGAGAGUGUGCAAUAUCUCAGUUGGAUUGGUCCGAUAUACGGAAAGUAGAAUGUGGCGGUCCUGACUUGUCACACACCCGAUAAUAUUGUUCGUAUCUACCACCAAGCCACUGAGUGAGCCAUGGACCUCGAAUUCGGCGUGGUAGACAAUGGAUAGAGAAUCACUCGACAGGAUCAUUC